GGCGCGGCCGCGCUCCCAUCCCCCCACCCACCGCCCGCCCCUCGCCCUGUUCCUUUUGAACAAUUCCUGGCUGGUGUGACUGUCACCAGGGGCGAUCGCGUCGAGCCCCUGCGGCUCCAGCCCGGUGCUUCUGCUCCCUGGCUGCGCUGCAGUCACUCACCGCUUCAGAGGUGCGGGGGCACGGUUGGUGCUAUUUUCACAUGUCCACUAGAAGUCAUUAAGACGAGGUUGCAGUCUUCCCGACUAGCUCUUCGAACGGUGUAUUAUCCUCAAGUUCAUCUGGGGACCAUCAGUGGAGCUGGAGUGAUGAGACCAACGUCUGUGACACCUGGACUCUUACAGGUUCUGAAGUCGAUCCUGGAAAAGGAGGGACCAAAGUCACUUUUUAGAGGCUUGGGUCCAAAUUUGGUGGGAGUUGCACCAUCAAGGGCUGUGUACUUUGCAUGUUACUCCAAAGCCAAAGAGCAAUUUAAUGGCAUUUUCGUGCCGAAUAGCAAUACUGUGCACAUUUUCUCAGCUGGCUCUGCAGCUUUUGUCACAAACACCUUAAUGAAUCCUAUCUGGAUGGUUAAAACGAGGAUGCAGCUAGAACGGAAGGUGAGAGGCUGCAAGCAGAUGAAUACACUCCAGUGUGCUCGGCAUGUGUACCAGACAGAAGGCAUCCGUGGCUUCUAUAGAGGCCUGACUGCCUCGUAUGCUGGGAUCUCAGAGACGAUCAUCUGCUUUGCUAUUUAUGAGAGUUUAAAGAAGUGUCUGAAAGAAGCUCCGAUCGUCUCCUCCACGGAUGGGAAUGAGAAAAGUUCCUCUGGCUUUUUUGGACUCAUGGCAGCUGCUGCUGUUUCUAAAGGAUGUGCCUCCUGUAUUGCUUACCCACAUGAGGUCAUCAGGACACGGCUCCGGGAGGAAGGCACCAAGUACAAGUCGUUCGUGCAGACGGCCCGCCUGGUGUUCCGGGAGGAAGGCUACCUUGCCUUCUACCGAGGACUUUUUGCUCAGCUCAUCCGGCAGAUCCCCAAUACUGCCAUUGUGCUGUCCACCUAUGAGUUCAUCGUGUACCUGCUGGGAGAGCGUGCUUAGUAACAGGCCACACGGUUGUGCUCUAGAAGAAUAAAACUGAAAACCCUAGAGAUUUUCUUUUCCGUUGAUGUUUAGUGUUCAAACUGAGACAGCAAAGGCCGUAGAAUACCUGGCUCGUGACACCUGUUGGACAUUUCCUUUUGGAUUCAUGUUUCUGGAAGGUUUUAAUUCAUUAACGUUAAUAGUUAAUUAUAACUUUUUUUUUAACUUAAGAGGAUUGAGGAUUGAGCAGCAAGUAAAUUAAAUCAUGCUAUUUAAUUGAA